AUGGCAGCUGCAGCACCGAGUACGCCGGCGAAUGGAGGGAGGAGGAACGCGAAGGGAGGACAGGUUGGGGCGUUGAGCUGUGCGAACUGUGGGACUUCGACGACGCCGCUCUGGAGGAGGGAUGAUGUGGGGAAUAAUAUAUGUAAUGCCUGUGGUCUUUACUUCAAACUACACGGAACCCACCGACCGAACAGCAUGAAAAAGACGGUGAUCAAACGUCGGAAACGC